AUGCGUCUUCUUCUUCUUUACUUCGUCGCGCUGGCAGCCAUUCUGCCCUUCUUAUCGGCUCUUCCGACUGCUGACACUUCGAGGGUUCAAGUUCAGGAAGUAGGUGUCAAAAAAGGAAUCGAUAGAAAAGGGAAUAAAGUUUCAAGUUCGAGUAGUGGGGUCGUUCGUGACCCUAACAACACCUACCCUUACGGUAUGAUGCUUGUGACGACGACGACGACUACGAGACGCCCGAAUACAACCAAAAAGUAUAACAAGCCGAUUCGGAAGCGUGUUAUUACAAAAUCCACAAGAUUAGCACGAGGCCAACAAAACCGACGCAUCACUACUGAUAAAAGAACUAAAUCAGGCAGUGAUUGA